CAAAGCGCACGUGGCGGUUAUUGUUGAGAAGUGGAAUAGCUCUCUCGCUCUCGCUCUCGGCUACAAAUACGCACAAAAGAGGAAGGAUCUCCUCCUUCGUCUUCUUCUUCAUCGUGAUCAGAGCAGAAGCAAGGUCAUCAUUUUCCAGUGCGUCGUCGCUCUCUGGAUCUCGUUCAAGAAGUUAAAGAAGAGAGAGAGAGAGUGAAGGAAGGUAGUGGAGAAAAAGGGAAUAAAGAGCCAAAAGAUGCCUUUGAAUUUCGGCAACGAUGUUGAUGGAUCGUCCCGGAUUCUUUUGAAUGAGCCUCGCGGAUCUACUGCUCAGGUGCUUCUGUUUGGAGGGCAAGUCAUCUCUUGGAAAAAUGAAAGGAGGGAAGAGCUUCUUUUUAUGAGCAGUAAGGCUCAGUAUUUGCCUCCCAAGAUCAUUAGAGGAGGAAUACCUGUUUGCUUUCCUCAGUUUGGAAACUUUGGUGGACUUGAGCGACAUGGGUUUGCCCGCAACAGAUUCUGGGCACUUGAUGACGACCCUUCUCCUCUUCCUGCUGCUAACAAACAAUCAUCUGUUGAUCUCAUUCUGAAGUCCACUGAAGAUGACCUCAAGAUCUGGCCUCACAGCUUUGAACUCCGUGUACGCAUCUCUAUCAGCCUUGGGAAACUGACUGUGAUCCCUCGUGUGAGGAACAUUGACUCAAAGCCAUUCUCUUUCAUGUUUGCUCUUCGAAACUACUUACAUGUAUCUGACAUAAGUGAAGUACGGGUUGAGGGUCUGGAGACACUUGAUUAUCUAGACAACUUGAAGGGUAAAGAAAGAUUCACCGAGCAAGCAGACGCAAUCACGUUUGACGGCGAGAUCGAUAGAGUGUACUUGAACACACCAACGAAGAUUGCUGUCAUAGACCAUGAGCGGAAGAGAACCAUCGAACUGCGAAAGGAAGGCAUGCCUAAUGCAGUUGUGUGGAACCCUUGGGACAAAAAGGCAAAGAGUAUAGCUGAUAUGGGGGAUGAAGAUUACAUGACGAUGCUGUGUGUAGAUUCUGGAGCUAUAGAACCUCAGGUUUUGUUAAAGCCUGGUGAAGAGUGGAAAGGCAGACAAGAACUCUCCAUCGUCUCAUCGAGCUACUGCAGCGGACAGCUUGAUCCACGCAAGGUUCUUUACGGAGAUUAACUGAUCCUUUUUUCUUGUUUACCAAGUAAA